AAAAAGUUGUUGAAGUUUUUAAUCUCUAUUUUCAGGGGCAUUUGUUAUGAAGAAAUAUCAGAUAAGAUAAAAGGGGGAGACAUAUAAUCAUUUAAAAAUCAUAGAAGUUUUAGGAUUUUAGUAGGGUAACAUUUUAGUGCUCAUUAUUGUGUAUUAAAGUUUUUAUUUAGUUUGUACAGGAAAUCCUUGAAAAGUAUGGCGUAAAUCUAAUAUCGUGCAUGUAUUUGCAACACCCCAAGUGUAUUUUCCAUCAUUAAGUGCUCCCGUGUUCUCAAAAUGUCGAGAUCAAGUUCGCUAGAAGACAUUCCCGAUCAAUGUAAAGACCUGUUCACACAAGAUGGAGUGCUCCUCAAGGCCUGCCUCGGCAGACCGGUCACGGACCUCAACUCCAUCGGGAUGCUGUGCAUCGUGCAGAACCCUGACCAGACGAAGUCGAUCGAGUGGAGACCCAACGACCUGAUCACAAUAGACUCGGACGCUCAGGACCAGGAGUGGGCGGUCGUCAACACUAUUGGUAUAACCAUGUCUUUUGCUAAAGGUCGUCGCCAACGUACACUAAGCGGCAACAUAACAUCGGACUACGCGACAGCCAGAGCGCGCAUCAUCAAAAUAAGUCUAGACGAAUUGAAGACCUUCCGAGUAACGAGAAAUAACCAGCAGAUGCAAUUCUCCACGAAGCCAGGAGUUUGGCAGACGACAUUCUACUUCCAACACGGCAAUGCUGAAAUUUUCGUCGCAUAUUUAAAGAAUCAUAUCAAAACUGCGAAGACGAGACACGAUAGGAAUACUUAUGUUGUCGUCGAACCUAACAUUGAGUCGCAAGUCCUGAAUAGGUCUUUUGCGGAACUUGAUAUCUUUACUGAGAAUACUACUGAUGUUGUCUGGAAUCUGAUGUCGAAUUUGCGACAGAGGCCGUAUGAGACUACAAUGGAAGCUUUUUCGAAACUCACUGAUAUUGUUUACUACGGCAACGAAGGCAUGAACGGUAAGCGCGAUGUGUCCGAAGAAGUAGCUGAUCUGCUUACCAAGAGUAUGAGUGCUAUUGAAGAUUCCACCACGUUGACACGAACGGAUGAGUACGAGGUUAUCAGCGUUAAGCCCACGCUACCACCACGACCCAGUAUACCUAGAGGCACCCCCCUAUCCACAGAAAAGUGGGACGGAUUGCAAGACACAGAAGGCCGAGUCACAGAAGUCGAGGGAGUCAAACAGUUGAUAUUUAGAGGGGGUGUAGCCCAUUCAAUACGACAAUCAGUAUGGAAGUAUCUGCUAGACUACCAUCCGUGGCACAUGACGCAUGCAGAGCUCAGAGCUCUGACCAAGAAGAGAACAGAAGAAUAUUUCUCCAUGAAGCUGCAGUGGAGGUCCAUGACUGAGGGGCAGGAAGCAAGGUUUUCAGAAUACCGUGACAGGAAGAGUCUAGUUGAGAAAGACGUGAACCGAACAGACAGGACGCACCCGUUCUACGCGGGCGACAACAACCCUAACUUAGUGAUCCUUCAAGACAUCCUCAUGACCUACGUCAUGUACAACUUCGAUUUAGGCUACGUACAGGGCAUGUCGGAUAUACUGGCGCCAUUGUUGCUGUUGCUAGGCAACGAGGUCGAUAGCUUCUGGUGCUUUGUAGGAUUCAUGGAUAAGAUUGCGUCGAACUUCGACAUGGAUCAGGCGGGCAUGAAGCUGCAGCUGGUCCAGCUGCAGCAGCUGCUGCUGUUCGCGAGCCCCGAGCUGGCGCAACACCUCGCGCAGAAGGACUCCGGGAACAUGUACUUCUGCUUCCGGUGGCUGCUCGUCUGGUUCAAGCGGGAGUUCUCCUAUAGAGAUAUUAUGAGACUUUGGGAAGUAUUAUGGACGGAAUUGCCAUGUGCAAAUUUCCAUUUAUUGAUAUGUGUUGCCAUUCUUGAUGCCGAAAAAGAUAUUCUUAUCAGUAAAGACUAUGGUUUUACUGAGAUAUUGAAACACGUAAACGACUUAUCCAUGUGCCUGGACGUCGACAAAAUACUCAGUACUGCAGAGGGGAUAUACCACCAAGUGGUCUCAGCCCCGCACCUAACAGACCAGAUCCGAGUCAUACUGGGCUUGCCCACCUUAAACAUAUCCACAUCAACCCACUCAGAGAGCGAACAGGCCUCGACAUCCAAGGUGGAAAAUGGUACGGACAGGAACGAAAGGAACAUGUUUGGACAAGAUAUGGACGAAGGUACACUCGAAUAUAACGGAAUUCAGAUAUCUAUAGUAACAAAAACUGUUUGGGCAUUGCUCGCCUAAGAAAAGUAUGUACAUAUUGCAUUGUCGGUGGUCCCACCGUACAUAGAGUGAUAUUUUUUAUAUUUUUAUAAAUACACGCUUUAAAAAACUGUCGAUUUGACUCCUAUUCGAAGUGAUGUUCGUUUAUGCGUUUAGUGAAGACUGGACAUAGUUGUCCGUAUUGUUUUUGAAGCGGAAAAUAGAAGAAACAAUCUUUAGAAAAUUAAAAUGGUGAAGCGAAAGAUUUGUAUAGAUAAGCUAUCUUUUUUAGAUUACCAUUCCAUUCAAAAUUAAAACUACCCUUAUAAGGACGGAUGAUUCGAUUUCAUAAAACACUAGGAAAGGUCAUGUUUGGUAGUUUUUGUUUUUCUCCUACUUGAUUAUAUCUUAUCCUUAUUGUUUUGCCCACCAUUGUAUUGUAAAUAUUGGAUAGUGCCAUUGUUAAAUUGUAUUAACAGAUUUAAUACAUAGACUUAUGUAGAUAAAUAUGACGUACUAAAUCAAUUAUAACAAUAGAAAAAUAAUUAGUGAGCUAGAAAUAGAAUAGACAAGUAUUUAGGGUUGCCAAAAUAUCAAAAUGGGUUUAAUGGGUCAAUUAUGAAUGACGUCAUAUAUCUUAGUUCCUAUUGGCAGGUUCUGCUCUACAUUAGCUGUGAUUAGCACUGAAGCAAUAUUGAUAUAAAAUACUGUAUAUCUCAUUAUAUACAUCAGAAUUAUAUUAAAUGUUAGAACUUUAUAUAAUUUAAAGGGUUAUGCUUUACAGGAGAGUAAACCUCGCAGUAAAUUGUCUGUUGGAAAAUGUUUUACGGCCAUAUGGGCUACGAAAUAUGUUUUAUUAUUUUUUAAUAUGACGCGAGAAAGUAUUAUCUCUAAAAGAAUUUUAUUAAACUUGCAACUGACAAGGGACAGAGACAUAAUUGCUAUUUAAAAUUUCCCAUUUUGGAAUAUACACUUUUCCUUGAUUGUGUAGUAUUCAAACCAUACCAUCAUAAAUUUCGUAUUUUUUUUCAAGAAGUAUGAGGUGAGUGACAACCCUUAUUGACGGGUAAAUAUUUUUUUCGUCAGACUCAGCCUUGCCUUAUUCUUGGUGCUUUACAAAUUCGAAUAGGAGUCAAAACUUUGAAUCGUAGGGUUAUCAAACUUAUAUGCCUGUUAUAUUCUUAAACAAUUUUUGUUUUAAAGACAAAUUAUAUGCAGUAAGUUAUUGUAAGUGCAUCAGUUUGCUGUUUCGUUUCAAAUUAUUGAUUGUUUCGAAUAUAAUUAAUUUUCUAUUUAAAUGGUAAAUUGUAAUCAUAAUUUUAUUAAAGUUUCUGUACCUGCACAAA